AAUCUUUCUGAUUCUAUUAAGUACCCUAGUGAGGACCAUUCAUGUUUCUCUAUUGAUAUAAUUGACUCUUUGGUGCAGGGAUAUCUUGAAGAUUUGAACGAUGAUGCGCUUGAAAAAGUCAUUACAAGAGGCAUGGAACGCAACAAGAAGGAGGUACACCCUAGGCUAACCCACGGCAACCCUCAAGCACUUCAUGCCGUGCACCCUAGUGAGGACCUUCGUGAGAUGGUUGCUACCCUUGAGUUGUUACGUACGCAUGAUGGUAAGUCUCCUAAUCAUGAGUCAAUUCCUAUUUCGACUAACAAGUUGCUUCCAUCCAUAAUUCAGGCACCCAACCUUGAACUAAAACCUUUACCAAGCCAUUUGAAAUACAUUUUCUUGGGAGAGAAUGAGACCUUACCUGCCAUCAUCUCCUCAUCCCUCACGGCACAAGAAGAGGCGAAACUAGUUCAAGUUUUGAAAGAGUUCAAAUCUGCCCUAGGAUGGACAUUGGCCGAUAUUAAAGGUAUAAGCCCUACGACAUGCAUGCAUCACAUAUUUCUUGAGGAGGGGGCCAAACAAACUAGAGAGGCUCAACGCCAUCUUAACCCUCUGAUGAUGGAAGUUGUGAAAAAGGAGAUAAUCAAGCUUUUAGAUUGUGGAGUCAUCUAUCCAAUCUCGGAUAGUAAGUGGGUCUCACCUAUCCAAUGUGUACCGAAGAAAUCAGGUGUGACAGUUGUGGAAAAUGCCGAGAAUGAGCUUGUUUCUAUGCGCAUUCAAACUGGUUGGAGGGUGUGCAUCGACUAUAGGAAGCUAAACGCCAUCACAAGGAAGGACCACUUCCCAUUGCCGUUCAUUGACCAAAUGCUUGAAAGGAUUCUAUCGUAGGUUUAUCAAAGAUUUCUCAAAAGUUGCAC